CAUCAGAUAUCACACACCAACAUCAACAAAAUAAUUUGUGUUCAGAUACAAAAAGUACUCAAUCACUUCCUACCAAAAAAGAAAGAAAGAAAAACUCAAUUACUAACAAAGUUCACAAAUCUAAGCUUCAUGGCGUCCAAGAUGCAAAGAACAACCAGUUGCACCACUGGAAACGAGCAGCAACGUAGCCAGCUACAAAGACGAGGUCCGUCUUUAAUGAUCAAACCAGCGUCGUUUAGUAACUGGAACGUGGUCAUCCCUCUCCUCUCUCCGGUUGCUCCUUCCCCAACAUCGUCCUUCAACGACCAGUCGCAUGUUCCUCCUCCGCCGCAGAACAAGACUGAGAAACAGGGGGAAGAGGAGGUGAAGAAGACGCCGGUUUUCAAGAAAUGGAAACAUCCAGCUUCGCCAGUCUCCUACGAGCCGACGACGUUUGUCCUACCGUUCAUCUCUGUUUAGCGGAUAGCAACAACAUGUGAAGCUUGUUCGUGUAAUAUAACAACAACACGCGUCUCAACUAUUUUUACACGUUUUGUAAAAAUCUAACAGCUCACAGACACA